UUCUCUGACGUCAAUGCACCACGGGGCUGCAGGGCUUUGUCGUGAUAUCUACGCGGGCUGAGUCGUGACUGGUGUCUCCGAGAGCCCCUCUUCGUGUCCUGCGCUCCCCGCGCUGGCGGGAGCAGCCUUGGGGCUUCGAUUGCUAAGCUCCGCGCGCCCUGGACGGCCCGGGGCUCGGGGCGCCGCCAUGGAGCCGGAGUAGGGAAGGAGAGCACGCAGCCGGGUCCUCGAGGCCCGGAAGAGAGGCCUCCGGGGCGAUAUUUACUAGGACUAAGAGAACUGAGGAAGUACCUGCCCUUUCCUGGCCAAGAAGCUGUUUCAAUUAACUUAUUUUUCCCCUAUGAGUAUGAGAAGUCAACAAUGAAUGUUUCUGAUACUUAAAAGCUAACAAUUUGAGGAUUCAAGGACAAUAGGCAUCUAACUGGUUAUUCAAAAUGCAGAACAGACGAGGAUAUUGUAGCUACUGCUGUGUGUACUACAAUCACCUGGAGCAGCACCUGGCCAGUGCACAGCACAGAUACCUGACCUCUCAGAACAGACGACGUCUGAGUGCCACUAGCUUGAUGGAGCGCUUCUUGCAGGAUGUAUUGCGAUACCAUCCCUAUCAUUAUCAGGAAAGCAGAUUAAUGCAGAAUGAGAGACUUCUUAAGACUACAGCUUCAAUGUCUGAAAUGAUUCCUAUUGAUGAUGUUACUCCUGAAGAAAUGACUGCAGAUAACACCAAACUCAGAGGAGAGAGAUCUACCAAGGAUUAUGAACCUAGUGAAAAAUUAUAUUCCUGUCUUAGUGGAGGUCAGGAAUAUACACAGCAUCUUUCAGAACGACCAUCGGUUAUUAAAAAAUUGGAGAAGGGAAAGCAGCAGCCCUUGAAGUUUGCUCAUAAAAUUGGGGGUAACAUUAAAGAAUUUAUUACAGUAGGUACUAGUCAAAUGACAAAUGAGGAGAAUUUAGUAUGUCCCUUGAUGAUUUCUGAUGCUCCUGCUCAUUAUUUAUUUGAACAUUAUCAUGCUAGACCAGUUAUAAAUUACUCUACUAAGUUAUCACAAACAACUCAUUUGGAUUCUGUUAGCAAGUGUGACCCUAAUAAAGUUGACAGAGACUUUGAACAGCUAGCUAGGGACUCUGGAAAUCCUUUGUUAUUGCCUAAUAUGGAAACAUCCUCAGAUUCUGUCCAGCAUCCUGAAGAAUCAAAUAGGAAACCUUUAAGUAUACAAUCAGAUGAAUUGAUUACACAGGAUGGUGUAAAACCUCAGGGUACAGCUUUGUCAACUGAUUUAAAAUUCCAUAAAAUAAUAGCUACUGAAGGCUCCUUAAAAUGUGAAUUUCUUUACAAAUUAGCAAAACCAGCUAUAAACUCAAAUAAAACAAACUUACCUUUUAAUAAAGGAAUCUUGGAAGAUGCUAUUCCAAAGCAUCAUGAGAAAUUUUCUUAUAUAGAUUGUACUCAAGAAGAAAAACACUUGGCUUUUAACAGGUCAGCUUCUUUAGAACAAAGGAAUUCAGUGAGUUCUGAAAUGAAGUUUAAUUGUAAUUUUCCUCAGUCAGUACCUAAUCAACCUGAAGAGAAUGUACAAGACCUUCAGAAGAAAGAGCAAAAUGACCAGGAAGUUAAGAGUUAUGAAUCAAGAGGUUCUGAAAUGAGUUUUGAUUGCAAUUCCUCCUUUCAUUCCCUGAGUGACCAAUCUAAAAUGACUACCAAAGAAAUACAUCUUUCAAAGGAAGUAGAUGUUGAUUUCCAGUAUAAGAAUAAUGAAUCUUGUGUUUCUGAAACUAGUUCUGGCUGUUCUCAUUUGGCCAUCAACCAAAUUCAUAUAAGUGUUAAAGAUGCAAAUUUCCAGAAGGCAAUGCCCAUUAGCCUGGUUGAUGAGAGCUAUGAAUCAAGUAGUUCUGAGAUGAACUUUGAUUGUGAUGUCUCACUUAAAUCAACUGAUGACUACCACCAACAGCCUGAAAAUGUAAAUAGUCCUAAGGAAGUACACUUUGCUUUGGUUGAUAUAAACUAUGGAUCUAGCAGCUCUGAAGUAAGUUUGGAUUCUAAUCCCCCCUCUCAUUCUUUGGUUGAUCAGUGCCCUGGGAAUGUCACAGAAACAGAAGUUCAGAAGAAGGGUCAUAUUGAUUUGGUUAAUAAUAGCUAUGGAUCUGAUUGUUCGGAAACAAGUUUUGAUGGGGAUGCUUCUCUUCAGUCAGUAGUUGACCAUUCCCAACUCAUUGUCAAAGAAAGAAACCGAAAAGAUAGACUUAUCUACCUGAAAGAUGAGGACCAUUUUCUCAGUAGUGCUAAACCACAUCUUGAUUGUGAUGUCUCUGUUGCAAAAGUAGCUGAUGAACCUCAGAGGACUGUUGAAGAAAUAAAUCUCCUGGAAGAAAAUAAUGACCUAUUGGCUUUGAACUAUGAAUCUCAUGAGCCUGAAAUAAAAUUUCACACUUGUACUCAAUUAACGGUGCAGAGACACCGAGUGACACUCAAAGAAACGAACCCUCAAGAAAUAGCCAUUGAGCUGGAGAAUAAGAGUGUUAAGUCUAGUGUUGCUGACCUAAGUUUUGAUUCUCAGUCUUCUCCUUAUCAGUCAGUUAAUGAUCAACUUGGAGGGACUCUGGGUGAAAUAAAUGUAAAAGAAUCAAAUGUUGAUGUAGAAGUUAAGAGCUGUGAGUGCUGCAGUUCUGAGCUGACUUUUGAUUCUGAUCCCCCUUUUCUGUCAGCCACUGAGUUGGAUACUGAAAAACUCAGAAAAGAAUGCAUUAACCUGGAAGGUAACUCUGAGUCAAAUAGUUCUGAAAUAACUUUUGAUUCUGAUAUUAUUCUUUGCACAACAGUUGACCAGCCUGAAGUAGUUAUUAAUGAGGAACCUUUUGAUCUGGGAAAUAAGAGUGGUGAAAUUUGCAUUUCUGAAAUUUCUUUUGAUUCUGAUAUAACUCUUUAUUCAGGGACUGAUCAGCCUGAACUAGUUGUUAAAGAAACAACCAUUCAGAAGGAUGGGUGUGUACACUUAGGAAGAAUGAAUGAUCAGCUUAGUAGUUCUGAAAUAAGUUUGUGUUCCUCUGUGUCUCCUCAUUCAAUGACUAUUUCACCAGAAGUAGUUGUUAAAAAGCCAAAUCUAAAAAAAAAAGAUCAUAUACAUUUACAAAGUAAGGAAAGUGGACCUAGUGUUUCAGAAUUAAGUUUGGAUUAUGACCUUUUUCAUUCAAUGACUACACAUCCUGAAGAUACCAUUAAAGGAAUAAGCCUUCAGAGAGAAGAAAAUCCACAUAUAAAUGUACCCUUAGAAAAUGGGCCCAGCAUUUCUGAAAUCAGUUUAAAAUCAGAUAUUUCAUCUUAUUUAGUGGCUGAUAAUUCCGAUAUAUCUGCUAAAGAAAUAAACUAUCAGGAAGAAGAAAAUGUAAACUUAGAAGACAAAAGUAAUGGAGCAAGUGUUUUUAAAACAAGUUUCUAUCCUCAUAUCCUACUUCAGUCUGGGAUUCACAAGCCUGAAGUAGCUGUUGAGGAAAUAAGGUUUAAAAGAGAAAAGCAUGCCAAAUGGAAAGAUGAAAGUGCUGAAUUUAGUGAUUCUGGAAUAAAUAUGGGUUCAGAAAUCCCACAUUUUUCAGUGACUACACCUCAAAUGACUGUUAAAGAAAUAAAUCUCCAGAAAGAAGUGCAGUUCGUAGAAAACAAGAGUACUAUAUGUAGAUAUCCUGAAAUUAUUUUAGAUUCUGGUGUCUCGCCUCAGUUAAAGAUUAAAACAGCACAAAGAAGUGUUUUAAAGAAAGUCCACUUUGACCCAAAUGAUGAAAAUACUGAAGCUAGAGGUUUUGAUACAAAUUUGGGAAUUGGUACUCUUCAUGCAGUCACUGACCAACCUCAGUUAGCCCUUUUAAAGGAAAAACAUGCAGCUAUGGAAGAUAUACAUACUGAACGUAAGGACUGUAAAAUACAUUUUUAUUCUGAUGAUCCUUUUAAGCCAUUAGCUGAACGAGGUCAGGGAGCAAUUGGGAAAACAGUUAUUUGGAAGAACAGGAAUAGUGUCUUGAAAAAUAAAUUUGAUGAACACACAUUACAUGACUCUGCUGUUUCUCUUCAGCCUGGGACUGACAAUUCUGAAAUAACUGUUAAACGGAUGAAGUUUGAAAAUGAAGCUCAUGUGUACUUGAAAGAUAAGGACAGUCAAUAUAGUGGUUCUGUCAUGAGUUCAGAUUCUGAUUUCUUGGGUCAGGAGAGAAUUGAUCAACCUCAGAUAAACUGUAUGGAGCAGGAACACAUUGACCUAGAAGACAAGCAUAAUCAAUCUUGUGGUUCUGAAAUAAGUUUUGAUUCUAAUGAUCCUGUUCAGUCAGUGGUUGACCAGCUUAGCGAAACAACUGAAGAAGUAAGCCUUUGGAAGGAUGAAGUGGACAUGAAAAAUAUAAGAAGUGGAUCUAAGGGAUUUGAGAUUGUGUGUGAUUCCAAUAUGUUGCAGUCAGUGUCUAGCCAAACUGAGAAAGUUGAUAAGGAAAUUAAUCCUUCGAAGAAGCACAAUGCCUUGGAAGAUAAGAUUGUUGAGCCUGGUGAUUCUAUAAUAAAUCCUGAUUCUAAUGAAUUAUUUCAGUCUGCGACUACUGAAAUUCAAGAGAGUAUUAUAGAAACAAAUCUACUAAGGGAGGGAUGUGUUUGUCCAGAUCAAAAGAGAGAUUCUGAAGUGAUUUAUGUUUCAAACAUUCCUCUUCAAUCAGUAGUUGAACAACCACCCAUUUUAGAAGAGGGAUAUUCCAGUUUGGAAGAUGAGAACCAUCUUCAAAGAGGUGUUAAAGAAAUAAGUCAUUGGAAAGAAGAUCAUAUUUAUCUGGAGGAUAAGAGUUACAGAGUAGGUGAUUUUGAAGUAAGUUGUGAUUCUGAUACUCCAAUAUACUUUGUGGCUGACCAAUUUCCUAUGCUUGUCAAAGAAAUAAACUCGCAAGAGGGGAGUCAUAAUGACCUAGAAAAGCAUAACUAUGAAACGACUAUUUCUGAAAUCAAAUGCAACUCAGGUGUUUGUCUUCAGCUAAAAGUGGAUGAGCCUCAUGUGGUUUGUAAAGAAAUAAACUUUGAGGUAGAAGAAAAUCUUGGAAUGGAAGAAAAGACUGGUGAACCAAAUGAUUCUGAAAUCAUGUGUGAUUCUGAUGGCCUUCUUCAAAUAUUAGUUGACCAUAAUGGAGUUUCAGUUAAAGAAACAAACCUUCAAAAGAUGCUGUUUAUGGAUCUGGUGACCAGUGACAAUGAUUGUGAAAUAAUUUCUGGUUCUGACACCAUAGUCCAGCCAGUGACUGAUUCACCUCAAACAAUGGUCAAAGGAGUCAACUGUGCAAAUUCAGUAAGUUUUGACUUAGAAGCUGAGAAGUGUGACACUUACUGUUCUGAAUUAGAAUACAUUUAUGAAGCAUCUCCUGGGUCAUUGACAAAGCAGUCUAAAAAUACUUUCAAAGUGGUAAAUCAGAAGAAAGACUAUAUUAUUCUGCAAGAGUCCAGUUGUGAGUCUUACAGUUCUGAAAUCAAUAUUCAAAUUGACACCUCUCCUCAGUCCAUAAAUUACCAAUCACAACUGCCUGAUAAAUCAACAGAGCAAUGUAUUGACUCAGAAGAUAGAAGUUGUGAAUCUAAUAGCCCCCAAAUAUAUUGUAAGUGGGAAGAUACUUCUCAUCCUGUGACUGGCCAACUUCAGAAUGCUGACCAAAAAGUCAGCCUUCAAGUGGAACUACAGAGUGUUGAUCCAAAAGACAAGAACUGCCAAUCUAGUGUUUUUAUAAUGGGUUGUAAUUCCUCUUCUGUAUCACCAAUCCAUCAAGUAGCAGGGAAAGAUAACCAUUUGAAUUUAAAAUGCACAGAUCUAGAAAGUAUGAGUUGUGAGCCUUGUGGUUCUAGGGUGAAUUUUCAGUGUGAUCCCUCUCUUCCAUUUGAUACAAACUACACUCAAGAAACUAUUAAUGCAGUAGACUUAUCUAAGAUGUCUUGUGAGCUGAAAGAAACACACUCUGAGUCCUAUUCAAAAUCAGUUCCCACAGUUAAUUCUGUUAGGACUUUAGGAAAAGCAAAGGGAUUAAUAGAAGAUAAUCUUGAUGAACCAGUUCUUGAAGCCUUACCACAUGUCCCUCCUUCAUUUGUGGGGAAAACAUGGUCUCAGAUAAUGAGAGAAGAUGACAUGAAAAUUAAUGUUCUUGUAAGGGAAUUCCGGGAAGGUCGUUUCCAUUGUUACUUUGAUGAUGACUGUGAGAGCAGGAAAGUAAAAAAAAAAAAUUUGAAUGAAGAAACCAAGAUUUCCUGGGCAGAUGUUAGUCAGAUGCUGUAUCAAUUCAAAUUCUCUCAGAUUUUGAUGAAAAUGCAGGUGGUAUAUUGGACAUUUAUGACAUUUCAGUGGCCUUACAUAAAUUUAGCCAUCAUUCUCCAGCAAAAACGCCUUAUGGACAACCAUGAUGAGUAGCUUCUCAUUGUCAGACUGUGAAAGUCAGCCAUGGAACUCAAACCAAUCUCACAAGUCACCCGGGGACAAAAACCAUUGGACAAGAGAAAGACUUGCUGACAAGAAAGCCAUUACAGAGGAACAGAAAAAAAGAAGGUCAAAAUUGGGACACUUGAAUUCCCUGACUUUUGUAUUCAAGUUUUAAAGCCUUUACAAACCAAUGCCUUACUCUAUAUUAUAUCAGAUAUUUUUAAGCUGAAGGAAGGUGAAUCCUUCACCCUCUCUAAAAUGAGGUCCCACAGUCAUGUAAACAAUAGGUAUUUUAGUAUACAGUAUAAAGUUGGUUCCUGUAGUUAUUAUGACUCAUUGAAUUGGCAAAUUGUAAUUAAUCUUACUCUAAAUAUCAAAGUAUCAGAGUCUGAAAGGGAUAACUGGCUUAACAUUCAUCUAGGGUGUGUAGAAGAUAGUGAUGUUUAUUUGCAUAGCUCUGUAAGAGGUUGAG